AUGCAAUACAGUCCUAUACUGUAUCUGGCAAUGUUUUUGUCUGCUUUAUCUGAAAAAGUGCAUGGACAUUAUGGAUAUAUCAAAAUGUUGUGUCAUGCAUCUAUCUCUCAACAAAAUGUUGAGCUUACUUACUCAGUCAACUACAACAAGUUUGAAUAUCUGAGAUACAACAGUACUGAGAAAAGGGUUGUUGGUUACACUGAAUUUGGAGAGAAAUGGGCAGAGGAUUAUAAUAAUAACAAGGUUGUACUUGCAAAGGGAGAUAUUCUUCUGCAACACUGCAUAAUGUUUAGAAAGUUCAUUGUCCCUUAUGGAGAGGUAACGGUAAAACCAGAAGUAAUUAUUUGGUCAGACAGGGAAGCUAAAGGGAAUGAGAAAGCUGUUCUGGUGUGCAGUGCCUAUGACUUCUACCCCAAACCCAUCAAACUGACAUGGAUUAGAGAUGAUAAAGAGGUGAUAACUGAUGUGACGUCCACUGAGGAGCUGGCUGAUGGAGAUUGGUACUACCAGAUCCACUCCCAUCUGGAAUACUUCCCCAAAUCUGGAGAGAAGAUCUCCUGUGUGGUGGAGCAUGCCAGCUCCCAUAAACCCAUGAUCUAUCACUGGGAUCCUUCUCUGCCUGAGUCUGAAAGAUCUAAAAACAUUCUUGGGGCUGUGGGGCUGCUGAUGGGGGUACUUAUAGCAGCCGGAGGACUGAUCUACUACAAGAGAAAACACACAGGCUUUUUCAGACUUCCAGUCUGUUUACUUCCACUUCAAACAAUGAACAGCACUGAAGAGCAGUAGGUCGUAAUAGCGGAGUCUGCAACAUCCCUUUUACACCAUCUGAGAGAACAGUG